CAAAUCUUUUGAGAUGUAACAGAUUUUAAAACAUGGACAGUUUAGAUUUUGUAUGAUCAUCAAUUAGUCAUGCUUGCAUGUUUAAACUUAUUUUAUACCAACCUCCAUGAACUCCUUUACCUCAAAUGGAAAAAUGAUUGAACACAAGAUAAAAUCUGAAAGUUAAGCAACCAGUUACACACAACAGUUUGUGUGUUGAUAAUUUUCACGCUGGCUUCUACAAUGUAACAUUUUUGUCAGUGUUUGUCAGUUCAGUAAGAAAGGGGCUAAAACGAUUAAGUGUGAAGUGUCUAACUGCAAAAUAGCUACUUUUCUCACUUGCUAAUGUUUAUGUGGUUUAAGGCGAUAUUUCUGUUCUUCCUCUGAAACAGGAAGAAGCAGAGACACUGCAAGAAGUGACCAGCUCCUCUCAUGAACACACACUCUGCUGUAGACAUGAUUUACUCUCUGAUUCUCUCUGGGAUUUUACUUCACAUCACAGAUGGAGCUGGAAUUCAGAGCAUGAAUAUUGCAGUGAUAUCUGGAGCACCUGGCAUUAUUCCAUGUCUCUAUGAUGAUACACAUAAAGAAAACCGAAAAUACUGGUGUCAGGGGUCACACUGGGUCUCUUGCGGUAUAUUGGCAUAUGCAAAUAAUACAGGAAAAUAUUCCCUUACUGAUUAUCCAGCCCAGAGUAUUUUUACAGUGCAAUGGGAGAAUCUGAAGACCUCAGACUCUGGAUAUUACUGGUGUGCUGUGGAGAUUGGUGGCGAAAUAGACAACGGUUAUUAUUUGUAUCUGACGGUACAAUCAAACCCUGAUGUGUCUGUGGUGAGCAGCAGUGUAUCUGGACAUGAAGGUGGUGAUAUCAGUGUUCAGUGUUUCUACAGUUCUGGAUAUCAGAAUGAAGUCAAACAGUGGUGCAGAUAUAAAGAUCAGAGCUGUUACACAGUGGGGAGGACUAACACAUCCCAGAAUUCAUCAGUCCAGAUCAGUGAUGAUGGGAGAAGAUCCUUCACUGUGCUGAUGACUGGACUGAGACUCACUGAUUCUGGCUGGUACUACUGUUCUGCUGGAGAUCUGCAGGCUCCUGUUCACCUCACAGUCACUGAAUUCAAAAGAAGUAAGAUCCCAAACCAAUUCAGCCAUUAA